UGUUUUUCUGCAGUGCUUCCUCAGUACAUUGGGAGAAUUAUGAAUCGUCACAUUCCCGUGCAUGCAUUACCUGAAGAAAUCCAAAAGAUGUCUCCUGAAGAAACAGUUUGUAAAUACUGUGGCGUCAGCUAUCUAAUUCUUCAUGAAUUUAAGGCUAUGGAAGAAAAACUGAAAGCAAUGGAAAAAGAAAUGAAAUUUUAUCAAGGAAGUGUAGACCGAGAAAAGAGACUUCAAGAAAAGCUGCAGUCUCUUAGCCAGGAGUUUGACCAGUAUAAAACUGACAGUGAAUCCAAAGACAAAAGAAUUCAAGAUGCAAACAUGCAGAUAAAAAAGCAACAAAAUGAAUUUCAGAGAAUACAGGAAGAAUUAGGUCAUCUACAACAUGAGUUAACAACCAAACAAAAACAAUCCCAAGCCUUCAGUCAAAAAUUGUCAGAAUACAAAUACUUCUGGAAUAAGACCCUUUUAUUACUUACUUUUACUAAAAGGGAACUAACCAGUAUUAAAUAUGAAAUACAUGAUAAUUUUCAAAACUGGACUUCACUGAAAGGAGAAGUUUUGCUACAGAUUAAAUCUAUAAGUGAUACAGCCUUGGCAGAAAUAGAUAUGUUAAAUAAAAGUCUGACAAUUUCCCAGAGAAAUAAAGUAUGCCUGGAAGAGGAAAUGAAAAAUCUCAAAUUAUUGUCAGAUGCCGCCAUAUUGAGGUCUCAGCAGAUGCAGGUGUCCAAACAACAUGAAGUAAACUUGCAAACCAGAUGCUAUGAUCUGCAGAAGGAAGCGCUAGACCUACAGUGUCAAGUAGAUGCCCUUGGGUUGAGACUUCAGAAGACAGUGAUGGAGCUGGACAGCUGUAAAGAGACGCUCAUGAAAAAAUCUAAUGAUGCUGAUAACUGUCAAAGAGAACUUAGGAAACUGAAGUUUGAGUCUGUUAUUUCUGAGUCAAGGCACAAUAGGCUACUUAAAGAAAAAGAUGACUCUUUAAUGACAUGUCAACAACUAUAUAAAACUUUACAGGAAGAGCUGACCACAAAAGAAAGGCAAGAAGAAGACAUAAAAAGAAGAAUCAACCUUGCAGAAAAUGAACGAGAGAUGACCAAAGCUCUCCUGCAUCAGACACAGGAAGAAAUUUUAACACUGAAAAAUGAAAGGGAAUUGAUGCUGGUUGCCCAUAAGAAAAGCAUCGAGCAGAUGCAGGAGACCCUGAGACAGAAGCUGCUGAGUGAUGAUAGCUGGAGGGAGAAGGCUGAAGCUGAGCUCACCAAGGAAAGAGCCCGGCAUCUCAUUGAGCUCCAAGAGCAAGCUCUUCUCUUUAAGGAAGAAGCUAAACUGGAACUUGACAUUGAAAAAGAAAAACACCAGGAAGUAAUCCGGAAGUACCAGCAAGAACAGGAGGGCCUGCAGAUGAAGAUUGCUGACUUAAUCGCAGGCGCUACAAAAGACCUGAGGCUGGAAGUGGCCUCUCUCCAAGAAAAGCUCAACCAAUCCCAUGAGCAAUACACUAAAGAGUCUGAGUCAAAGGAAAAGGAGAUUGAAGACAUGAAAAGUUUGGUUGCAGAACUGGAGUGUCGCUUGAAGCAGGAAAGCGGCCACGAAGAUUCCGUUUCAGAGGACUUGAAGAAAGAAGUGAAACAGAAGGCAGACGAACUGGAAAGAGUAAUGCUGGCCCAAACACAGCUGCUGCAACAGUUCAGCCAGUCACAGGAAGAGAACACUUUUCUCCAGGAAACAGUGCGCAGAGAGUGUGAAGAACGCUUUGAACUGACGGAGGCUUUGAGUCAAGCCAGAGAACAGCUCCUGGAGCUCAGGAGGAGUGAAGGAAGCUUACCGUGUUCCCUCAACAAGGGCACCCUAACCUACCCUGCCACCGCAGUCAGUAAUCACCGUGAGCGAAGCAGCAUGAGACAGAACUGUAGACGAGCCACCAACACGACCAGCCUGCAUGGACUGCCAAAGCCCACUGCUUCCCUAACCCCGGAUAAGCUCAAGAAGGUCAUCAGCUCCGGACUGCCCACCCUUCCCCAGACAUAUCCUCCCAAGGGCCGAGCGUCUUCGGUAAAUGAGACCAGGCAGAGGUUGACUGCCAUCCUGAGCCGGAGGCUGAGUCAGCAAUGAUGACCUGAGUCAGGAGUCGGUUCAGCCCACCGUGUACACACCCUUCACAGCUUGCCGGAGACUCACUGUAGCCGGGUGCCCAGAAACGAAUGUGUCUGCAGAUAUAUUUAACGAGGAAUGUAAAAAGCUAGGAACUGUGGAGCAAUAUUUUUUAAAGGGCCUUGGAAAUUGCAACAGAUAAUGAAGUUGGUAUUCCAGAGGGCUGAUUUCUAUUUUCAUGUCUAUCUUGUAUGCCCUGCGAGCCUGGCCUUUGAGGCUUCACACCCCAGCAGAUUUUUCUUUCUCCCUCCCUCACUUCCUGCCUUUCAUCCUCCCCCUCCCUUCCUGCUUUCUUUCCGUAGCAAGCAGAUCAUCUCCACAAAAAGUAGAUUAUAUUGGUUUUAUUGGCAA